AUGCCCUCACCAACGCAACCGACCCUACCUUCCUCUUCCUCUCCCAGCGCCGACGCGCCCGCCGCCACGCCGACCGACCCUAACGCACCUAAUGCAGACCUACAAGCCAUCAACAACAACGGUCGUCACUCCCCCGGCGCGAUCGCCGGGAUCACCAUCUGCGUCUUGGUCGUGCUCGCGUGGAUUCUGCGGUACUCGUACGUCGCGUCACCCUUUUGGUUUUUGCGGAUAAGGCGCUGUCUUGGAAUCCGACCGGCGACGCGCACGCCAAUUUCGCAUUACCCUAUUUCGAACACCGGUGGUGGUGGUGCCGAUGGUGGUGCCAACGAGAACGAAACUAGAGGUCCUUAUAUCACGCAACCCGAGCCGGCGCACAUUCGCACGACAGCCUCAAAGGACACGUUACCUCUCUAUGAGCCGUCAUUGAGCAAUCAGUUCAGCAGUGAUGUGUUGCAGGCGUUGAUGAAUUUGCCGGGACAGGGUUCAGACGCGGGGGUGGCAAGGCCGCCGUCGUACAGAUCGAGGUUGUCGCAGGAAUGGAGGAGCGUUAUGGGGACGAGAGCUAGGAAUAGAAAUAGGGAAGAUGAAGAGUCUGUGAGAACUGGAGCUAGGGACAGGGGAGAUGAUGAGUCUAUGAGGAGUGUUUCAGACGCACGCAGCUGA